UCCGCAUUGGGUGAACAGAGCAGCCGGACGGAGUCUUCCUCUUAUCCGUCCCAUCAUGGCACCGGCUAUGAAGUGGAUGGCCAAGAAGACCGAAAGUGAGGAGAAAGUCACUAAGGGCAAGGGCAAGAAGAAGGAUACAAAGGAAAAGGAGGAGAGUGGCCGCAAGGGUGGAGGAGGUGGAGGAAAUUGGUGGAAUGAUGGGUGGAAUGACUACAGCGAUUGGGGAGGUUGGCAUGAUUGGGGAACCAAGAGCAAGCCGAAGAAAGGCAAAGGUGAUGAUGAGAAGCCCAAGGGCAAGUCCAAGGGGAAGCAUGAGGAUCGAGAACCAGAAGAAAAGCCAGAGAAAGGAAAAGGCAAAGGCAAGGGGAAGGGAAAGUCUGAGAAGGGCCAUGAUCGCGAUUGGGGGCCUCCAGUGAAUGGUGCCAAGACUGUGGCGGAGGUGGAAGCUGAGAUGGCGAAGGGGAAGAUCGAGCGGGUGAAGCGGAACGCUGACAGCGGAGGGAAGCAGCCCGUGGAAGCCAAGGGGACCCACUGCCAAGUGCACAAGCACAGCGGUAUGGGUUGUGCUGUGGUCUCCUUGGAGGCGGCCCAGCACCGAGAGGCCAUUAUGAAUUAUGCUGAGAAGACCUAUGGCUGGAGCCCGUUGGGAAAGCUCGAGAUGGAUAUCGCAGACGUGAAGGUUCAGCUGAAGAGGCACAAAGACAAGAGUACAGGUCGGGAGGUGCUGACGGACAUUUUCGUAGCAUGGGGCCAUCAGCAAGAGAAGGACUCGCCUUUGACGGUGGAUGAAAUCGCUGAGUUCUUUGACAAACUUUACGAAGAUGCAAUGAGCUCACCCCCAUCUGAAGGUGCUCCGAUGGGCGCAGCGCAGGCUGCACAGGCCUUCCAGGCUCAAAUGCUUCGUGGUGGUGUACGUGCUCCUCCACCCCCCAUGCAUGCACACCCACAUCCAGGAGCACCACAUGCUCCACCGCCUCCGAAUCCUUAUUUCAAUGCCAUGUACAAUAUGAUGCACAACCCCCAUAUGGGUGCCGGCAUGAACCCAUACAUGCAACAUUCUUUCGCGGCCCAACAGCAAGCCCAGGCUGCUGCAUAUGCAGCUUACCAGCAUCAAAUGCAGCAGCAGUACAUGCAAAUGUACGGUGAUGGGAAGGGAGCUGGCAAGUGGGGCAAGGGACCGAAAGGAGCUGGCAAGGGCAAGUCACCUGAAGAGGGAGCUGCACCAGCGGCUGCCCCUGCCGAAGGUGAGGCCGUUAAGGCAGAGGCAAGUGCCGAUGGUGAUACAAGUGCCGUGCCAGAUUUUUCCCCGCCCAAACCUCGACUUCUACAGAUCGUGGACCCUGCCAGUGGCAAACCCAUUGACACUAUCGGCAUGAACUUCGCACCACGAAAACCCUCCACACCCCUGCCAAUCACCAACCCGAAAACUGGUGAGGCAGUGGCAGUGGAGCCCGAAAGCAAGAGCUGAGGCAGAUUCCAGACUCCAACAGCGAGCACUGACAGGACUUCCGAAACUCUCUGUCAGCUCAGUCAGCUGCUUUGUUGUAUCAUAAGUUUUGGUCUCCAGUGUUCCUUCUCCUUUCAAGAUACUGGAUUCGUAGAUUGAGUUCAAGCACAUCAAGUAUCAAGCGAGUUUGCGUG